CGCAGGGCCGGGCGCGGGACCGGCGGGACCUGGAGGCAGAGUGAAGCCUGGGCAGCCCGCGCCGCAGCACAGCCGCCGGCAGCGCCUCGGGCCCCGCGCGGGGCGCCGGCUCCAUGGCGACCGGGCUCGGGGAGCCGGUCUACGGACUUUCGGAAGACGAGGGAGAGUCCCGUAUUCUCAGAGUAAAAGUUGUUUCCGGGAUUGAUCUCGCCAAAAAGGACAUCUUUGGAGCCAGCGAUCCGUAUGUGAAACUUUCGUUGUACGUAGCGGAUGAGAAUAGAGAACUCGCUUUGGUGCAGACAAAAACAAUUAAAAAGACGCUGAACCCUAAAUGGAAUGAAGAAUUCUACUUUAGAGUAAACCCAUCUAAUCACAGACUCCUUUUUGAAGUGUUUGACGAAAACAGAUUGACACGAGACGACUUCCUGGGCCAGGUGGACGUGCCCCUUAGUCAUCUUCCGACAGAAGAUCCAACCAUGGAGCGACCCUACACGUUUAAGGACUUUCUUCUCAGACCAAGAAGUCAUAAAUCUCGAGUGAAGGGAUUUCUGCGACUGAAAAUGGCCUAUAUGCCCAAGAACGGAGGUCAGGAUGAGGAAAGCAGCGAGCAGAGGGACGACAUGGAGCACGGGUGGGAAGUCGUUGACUCGAAUGACUCGGCUUCUCAGCACCAAGAGGAGCUUCCUCCUCCUCCUCUGCCCCCCGGGUGGGAAGAGAAAGUGGACAAUUUAGGCCGAACUUACUACGUCAACCACAACAACCGGACCACCCAGUGGCACCGACCGAGCUUGAUGGACGUGGCCUCGGAGUCGGACAACAACAUCAGGCAGAUCAACCAGGAGGCGGCCCACAGGCGCUUCCGCUCGCGCAGGCACAUCAGCGAGGACUUGGAGCCCGAGCCCUCGGAAGGUGGUGAUGUCCCUGAGCCUUGGGAGACCAUUUCAGAGGAGGUGAAUAUCGCGGGAGACUCUCUCGGGCUGGCUCUCCCCCCACCGCCCGCCUCCCCGGUGUCUCGGACCAGCCCUCAGGAGCUGUCAGAGGAGCUGAGCAGAAGGCUUCAGAUCACUCCGGACUCCAAUGGGGAACAGUUCAGUUCUUUGAUUCAGAGAGAGCCGUCCUCGAGGUUGAGGUCGUGCAGUGUCACGGACGCAGUUGCAGAACAGGCCCACCUACCACCGCCAUCAGUGGCCUAUGUACAUACCACGCCGGGCCUACCUUCAGGCUGGGAAGAAAGAAAAGAUGCUAAGGGGCGCACAUACUAUGUCAAUCAUAACAAUCGAACCACCACUUGGACUCGGCCUAUCAUGCAGCUUGCAGAAGAUGGUGCAUCUGGAUCAGCCACAAACAGUAACAACCAUCUAAUCGAGCCUCAGAUCCGCCGGCCUCGUAGCCUCAGUUCGCCAACAGUAACUUUAUCUGCCCCACUGGAGGGUGCCAAGGAUUCACCCGUGCGCCGGGCUGUGAAAGAUACCCUUUCCAAUCCACAGUCCCCACAGCCAUCACCUUACAACUCCCCCAAACCACAACACAAAGUCACACAGAGCUUCUUGCCACCCGGCUGGGAAAUGAGGAUAGCUCCAAACGGCCGGCCCUUCUUCAUUGACCAUAACACAAAGACUACAACCUGGGAAGAUCCACGCCUGAAAUUUCCAGUACAUAUGCGCUCAAAGGCAUCUUUAAACCCCAAUGACCUUGGCCCUCUUCCUCCUGGUUGGGAAGAAAGAAUCCACUUGGACGGCCGAACGUUUUAUAUCGAUCAUAAUAGCAAAAUUACUCAAUGGGAAGACCCAAGACUGCAGAACCCAGCUAUUACUGGUCCGGCUGUUCCUUACUCCAGAGAAUUUAAGCAGAAAUAUGACUACUUUAGGAAGAAAUUAAAGAAACCCGCUGAUAUUCCAAAUAGGUUCGAAAUGAAACUGCACAGAAAUAACAUAUUUGAAGAGUCCUAUCGGAGAAUCAUGUCUGUGAAAAGACCAGAUGUCCUAAAAGCUAGACUGUGGAUUGAAUUUGAAUCAGAGAAAGGUCUCGACUAUGGCGGUGUGGCCAGAGAGUGGUUCUUCUUACUGUCCAAAGAGAUGUUCAACCCCUACUAUGGCCUCUUCGAGUACUCUGCAACGGACAACUACACCCUUCAGAUCAAUCCCAAUUCAGGCCUCUGUAAUGAAGAUCAUUUGUCCUAUUUCACUUUCAUUGGAAGAGUUGCUGGUCUGGCAGUAUUUCAUGGGAAACUCUUAGAUGGUUUCUUCAUUAGACCGUUUUACAAGAUGAUGCUGGGAAAGCAGAUAACUCUGAAUGACAUGGAAUCUGUGGACAGUGAAUAUUAUAACUCUUUGAAAUGGAUCUUAGAAAACGACCCUACUGAGCUGGACCUCAUGUUCUGUAUAGAUGAAGAAAACUUCGGACAGACAUAUCAAGUGGAUUUGAAGCCCAAUGGGUCAGAAAUAAUGGUAACAAAUGAAAACAAAAGGGAAUACAUCGACCUGGUCAUCCAGUGGAGAUUCGUGAACAGGGUCCAGAAGCAGAUGAACGCCUUCCUGGAGGGAUUCACAGAACUGCUUCCUAUUGACUUGAUCAAAAUUUUUGAUGAAAAUGAGCUGGAGUUGCUGAUGUGCGGCCUCGGCGAUGUUGACGUCAACGACUGGAGACAGCAUUCUAUUUACAAGAAUGGCUACUGCCCAAAUCACCCUGUCAUUCAGUGGUUCUGGAAGGCUGUGCUACUGAUGGACGCCGAAAAGCGUAUCCGGUUACUGCAGUUUGUCACGGGGACGUCCCGAGUACCUAUGAAUGGAUUCGCCGAACUUUAUGGUUCCAAUGGUCCUCAGCUGUUUACAAUAGAGCAGUGGGGCAGUCCUGAAAAACUGCCCAGAGCUCACACAUGCUUUAAUCGCCUUGACUUACCUCCAUACGAAACCUUUGAAGAUUUGCGAGAGAAACUCCUCAUGGCCGUGGAAAAUGCCCAAGGAUUUGAAGGGGUGGAUUAAGCAGCACCGCCUGCCUCGGGGGUGGUUGUUCUUCAAGCAAGUUCUGCUUGCACUUUUGCAUUUGCCUAACAGACUUCUGCGGAGACGGUGGCAGAAGGGCAGCUGCAGGCGCGGCCCCUGGAGCUGAGCCUUCGGCCGCGCACUCAUCCACGUUCAGACGCGGGAACCCGGUCCCAGCUCGAGCCCCCGCACUUCCCACCACAAAUUAUCGACUGGUUGAUAUGUACACUAAUUGCAUUUCAGGAGGACUUAUGCUAUUUAUGUUGUGCCUCUGCAGGCAAAGCCCUUAAUAAAUAUUUUACAUACUUUCUAAUGACAAUGAAUGGAAUUAAUCACUCUACAGGUAUGGUAUUACAACUCAUGUUUACUUUUUAAAAUGAUUUAGACCGAUUUUCAGAUUUUAUUUAAUUACAAUUAAAGAUGUCUCAUGUCCUAGGAAAA